UGCGAAUUAAGCUAAUUAAUCUCCUUCUUUCCGAUCACCGCCGUCGAUCGAGUCCGCGACCUGUUCGCUGAAUUGCCGCAAUGGCCCCCCUCGACGGCGGCAACCACGUAGUCGACGACUUCUCCCCUUACUUCCGCGUCUACAAGGACGGUUCCGUCGAGCGUCUCAUGGCGGAGGAGCAAACCCCUGCCUCCCUGGACCUCCGCACCGGCGUCGACUCCAAGGACGUCCGCAUCUCCGCCGACGUCUCCGCCCGCAUCUACCUUCCCCCAGCGGCGGCGGCGGCCGCCAGCGGAGGCGGAGACCGUAAGCUCCCACUAGUCUUGUACUUCCGCGGUGGCGCCUUCUGCAUGCUCUCUUCCGCCUCGCCCGUCCUCCACGCUUACCUCAACGCCCUCGCCGCCGCCGCCUCUGCUCUCAUUAUAUCCGUCGACUACCGCCGCGCGCCGGAGCACAGCAUCCCCGUUCCCUACGACGACUCCUGGGCCGCCCUCGAGUGGGCCGCCUCCCACCGCGCCGGAUUUGAGUCCUCUGCUGAACCGUGGCUGGUCGAACACGCCGACUUCGACAGAGUGUGCCUCGCCGGCGACAGCGCCGGCGGAAACAUUGCGCACAACCUGGCGUUACGCGCGGCCACGCGGCCGCUCCCGGGAGGCGUGAAGCUGGCGGCGGUCGUGCUAGUGGACCCUUACUUCUGGGGCACUCUGCCGACGGCGUCGGAGGGGGCGGCGGACCCGGCGAAGCUGAAGCUGCUGAACCAUCUGUGGAGGCUGGUGUGCCCGUCGGCCGAGGCCGGAAACGACGACUCGCGGGUGAAUCCCCUGGCGGAGGGGGCGCCGAGCUUGGCCGGGAUCGGGUGCGGGCGCGUGCUGGUGUGCACGGCGGAGAAGGACGCGAUGAGGGACAGAGCGUGGAUGUACUACGAGGCGCUGAGGAAGAGCGGGUGGCGCGGGGAGGCCGAGAUGUACGAGACGGCGGCGGAGGACCACGGGUUCUAUCUGCAUCGUCCCGACGGCCACGGCGCUGCUAUGCUGCUCAAGAGAAUCGCCGCCUUCUUGGCUUGAAUCCGACGUUCUCGAUCCAGUUUGACCAUGUUGAACAACAAAAAAGUCAACGAUAAAUUAUCUCUCUGUAUAUAUAAAACCAAUAAUAAGAAAAUUAUAGGCAUGAUUCAAUUUUCUACAUAUGUAAAUAUUGAUUUUGAUUAUCUCGUGCUCUUGUAAGAUUACUCGACUA